AUGGAAGCUAAACGGACCUCUACAAUUUGGGAGUGUCGCGAAAUUGUUUACGACUCGCGUUCAGAACAGAAGAAAAUCCGAGGAGGUAAUAAAGACGCUAAGCACACGUCAGUUCCGUAUGUAUUGCGAAAGGACCUGCUUAGCGUUUUGAAGAAAACGCUGCGUGAAUCCUGUCCUGGUAUCGAGAUUGACUUUGUUCCAAGUACGACGUGGCUGCAACGCCAGCUUUAG